UAAAAAGAAAAAGAAGAAGAAGAGGCAACUUUAAUUUAUUCCUUUUUUUCAGUCAUCGCACUAUCAUCGCCGAUCACUAAUCAGGACGAAAGACUUGUUAAGAUCUGCCGCCGAUUGUGAUUUCAGUGUUGCCGUCGUUUGCCGGUACUUGAAAUGCAUGUAUCUUCUAUCUAGCACAAGUGAUGGGUAUAUUUAGGAGAUUAGCUGGGCUUCUAGGGUUUUCAAAGGACGAAGGGCACGAAGUGAGAGAUGUAGAAGACGAAAACGCAGGACCUCACAAUAAUCUUCCUCGUAAAGGAUUCAGUGUCCCUGUUCAAGUUCCUGUUUCCAGAGAUCUACCUGGUCCUAUCCUUGUUCAAUGUAAUAGAGGUGCUGGAGGCGUUCAGGGAUUGAGAUGGUAUGCCAAGCGUCUUAGAAUAGAUGAAGACGGAGAUGUGGCAGACGAGUUCCUAAAUGAGAUCCCACCAGAUGCACCUUCUAGUACAGACGAGAAUAACAGGAAAUUCCGUAAGUUUGAAUUGAAGUACACUACAAAGCCUGCGAAGGUAACAAGCCAGGCACUCUCAGCUGCAGGAAAAAUUAAAUAUCGUGUGGAAUAUCAAGGCAAAUUGGAGUGGAUUUGAAGACUUACUCUGGGUAGACAUUGCAUUUGAGAUGGGGAUUUCAGUAACAUGACUGCAGCUACGCAGCUUGCUUGAUAUUUUUGCUUUAUUCUGAAGGACUAACAGUGUGUUUAUGUGAGGUGGUAUUGAUUGGGGAUUCAGUUUCCUGUUGGCUCUUAUUUGUGAAUAGCUGGUGCCAGGAAGCGAUGAAACGCAAAACAGCAUGUUUUUGCUCUUAAAACUUCCGGUAUACACAUGCUAUUGAACUUUCAAGAACAUCAUGUCUUGUUAGCUAUUCACUGUAUCCUUGUAUGUAUUGAGAAAAAUUAGCAUGGGCAUAAAUGACAACAUCCAACAAGCACUUUUGUAGAGUUCCAUUUUCCUGUUCUAACCAUAAGACUACGGUAUUAUAGUGGUUUAUUUUAAAGAUUGAAAUCUUUUUUAGUUUUUUCAGCAAUACACUGUAGUGUGCUAAUCUUAUUUGUUGCUUGUUUGAAUUUAUGAAUGUCGAAUGGCCAAAAUGUUUAGUACAA